AUGCCAGAUACAUUAAUUAAUCAAGAAACUACUAAUGUUGACCUAAAUAAGAUAGCUGCAUUACAACAAAAACGUACAUUGGCUUUUAUAAAUCAUUUUGUAAUAAGUACAGUACAAUUUUUAAAUAAGUUUGCAAAACAAUGUGAACUGAAACUAAUGCAAUUUGAAAGGAAACUGGAGAAAAUCAAUGCUACAAUGGUUUUGUUGGAAGCGAGAUUGUCUUCUAUACCUGAAGUUAAUACAGAUGCUAAACUAAUAAAAGCAGAAGAUACUUCUGUAAUUGCAAAUGAAGAAACAAAACAAAGACAUGAAACAAUUAUAGAAGAAGAAAAAGAAACUUCCAAUGAUACGGUUGACAUUACCACAAAUAAAAUUAAACCUGAAUAUGAAAGGUUUGUUAAAAUGGUGCAAGUGGGUGUUCCCAAAGAUGCAGUAAAACUAAAAAUAUCACUAGAAGGGUUAGAUCCUAAUGAAUUAGAUAAGAUUUUGUCA